AUGACCUUGCCUGAGCAGUGGCCUACUGGUCGCCAGUACGUGCCCCCUCACCAAUGUCAUACUACCCCGAGCGAACUAGCCGUCAAGACGACUUCCACCGCACCCACCCACAUCGUCAACACCAAAGAAUAUUACAAUCAGUGUGGUAUCUACUUUCACGAUAACCUCACUGUUGACGACAACGACGAGCAGAAGGCCAGUGAAGGCUUUGCCUUGGACUUCGUUCCACUCUCCUUGCCAGCCGCCCCGGCUCCCAUCACCCCUGAGCGACAGUCAACACUGCCUACUAAGGCCUUGCCCGGCAACAAGCCUCCCUCUGGCAACAAGACGUUGCCUGGCACCAAGCCUAUCAACAAGCCUUCCACAGGCAAUGGCCCUCGCGCCCGCUCAUCCUCACCCUCGCCCGAGACCAAGACCUCGCCUGGCAAGCCACGCUGGGAGCGUUUGGUCCGCUCGCCUCAGCCCUGCGCCCGUUCAACCUGCGGCACCGCCUUUGCCUCGCGCAAUCAGCUGUUCACCCACUUACAUGAGACUGGCUACACCAGACCUGAGGCGAUACUUCCGCCGAUGCCGCCUUCACCCACACCCAUGUAA